AUGAACCCCGCCGCCUUGGUGAGCGACGCGGGGGCACCGCGCGAGGAGCCGUCGGCGAUUCUCGAGGUUGAUGCCGAUGGCACGCGAGUGCGUGACAUAAUGUACAUGUUUCUGAGCCGCCUGGUGGACCCGUCGCUGCGGUGCGCAAUGUCUGAAGAAGAAGAAGCAGAAACAGCAGCACAUGUCGCAGCACAACUCUCUGGCAUGCAGUACAUUGUGCAGCAACUUGAGCGUAUCAGCACCUGCACCGACUGGUCCACCUGUGUCGUGCGAUGGAACGACUUUAGCCUCUUUGACGAGGAUGCCGCCACUGCGAUUGAGUUUGACUACCAGCGGUUCGCGCCCUUCAUGGACGCCGCACUGCACCAGGUGCUCUCGCAGUACUACGCAGAGGAGUACGCCAAUCGUGGCAAGUGCAGCCCCAGUUUGGUGUUCUCGUGUGUGCCGCGCUGCCUGAGCAUUCGUGUGCUGCGCGCAUCGCUGGUGGGGCAGUUGUGCUCCAUCAAGGGCGUCGUGACGCGAACCUCUCAGGUGCGUCCCGAGCUGAUUGUUGGCGUCUUUCGCUGCGGUGACUGCGGGACAGAGAGCAAUCCAGUUGACCAGCAGUUCCACUACACGGAGCCGCCUGCCUGUCGAAAUCCACAGUGCGAGAACAAGAACCGUUUUCAGCUCGUUCCUACCCAUCCGCACACGAGGUUCGGGGACUGGCAGAAGAUACGACUACAAGAGGAUGCGAACAACAUUCCAGCUGGAAGCAUGCCACGCACGAUGGAGCUUAUCGCCCGCAACGAUGCGGUGGAGGUGGCGAAGCCGGGUGACCGCAUCGUUGCGGUCGGUUGCCCUAUCGUUGUCCCGGAGGUGGCGAAGCUGUUCAACCAGGCCAACCGCCGCGAGGUGCAGCGGGAGAUGUCCAGCGGGCAGCGAGCACAACAGGAGGCGCAGCAGGACAUGGAGGGCGCUACCGGGCUGCGGGUGCUUGGUGUGCGGGAACUGAACUACCGCAUGUGCUUUCUCGCCACCACCGUCACCGACGCGAGCGGCGACGACCGCAAAAUGACGGAGGCGGUGAAGGACUCCACCGACGGCGCGGCGGAGCGAGAGGCGGUGCGGCUCACGCCAGCGGAGAUGCAGAAGGUGCGGCUGAUGCGGAGCCACGACAACCUACUCAAGGCCCUCACUGAGUGCAUCGCCCCAAACAUUUUCAAACACGACGUCGUGAAGUUGGGCCUCUUGCUGCAGAUGGUGGGGGGCGUGUCGAAGAACACCGUGGAGCAGAUUGGGCUGCGCGGCGACAUCAAUGUGUGCAUCAUUGGCGACCCAUCCACUGCAAAGUCGCAGUUCCUCAAGUGGGUCUCUGGCAACGCUGCGCGUGGCGUUUACACGAGCGGUAAAGCCUCCACCGCGAGCGGUCUCACCGCUACUGUCACGCGUGACGCUGACACCGGUGACCGCACCAUAGAGGCAGGCGCACUCAUGCUGAGUGACCGUGGUGUUUGCUGCAUUGACGAGUUUGACAAGAUGGACGUGAAGGACCAAGUGGCAAUCCACGAGGCAAUGGAGCAACAGACAAUAUCCAUCGCCAAGGCAGGGAUUAAAGCAACCUUGAGCGCCAGGACAUCGCUCCUCGCCGCGAUGAACCCCAUCGGUGGCAAGUACGACCGCCGAAAGCCCUUGCAAAAGAAUGUGGCCAUGACGGCACCAAUCAUGUCGCGCUUCGAUCUCAUGUUUGUGAUUGUGGAUGAGUCGAGUGACGAUGCUGACUACGCCAUUGCGGAUCAGCUUCUGCGUCUGCACCGCUUUGGUGACCGCGCUGUUCGCCCGCCUUUCUCAGUAGAGGACUUUCAGCUGUACCUGCGUUACACACGCUCCCUCACGCCGCGGCUUCGAGAAGAGGCGGUACACCUCAUCGUCUCGGCGUACAGGGACAUGCGACUACAGGAUUCGCUAUCAAAUCGUAGCAAGGUGUAUCGUGUCACAACACGUCUACUGGAGAGCAUCAUUCGUCUAUCAGAGGCGACGGCGAAAAUAUACAUGAGCGAGGAUGUGAAGGCGGCUCAUGUGGAAGUGGCACUAGAGCUAAUGCGCCAGUCCCUCUCCACGCUUGACAUGACGGAGGUGGAACUCGUCGGCAUCACUGACCCCUUCGAUGUUGGGUCAGCCGCGGUGAAAGGAGAACCACAGGAAGGUGAACAAAGGCAGAACCAACAAGAGCAGCAACCGCAACAGCAGCAGCAGCAGCAAGAGACAGCUCAGGCAAGGGAGGGUGGAAGGUCCACCGGAGCGAGACGAAAGGGAAAGAAAGCGGUAGCCAUUACAACAGCGGCGUCGGCCACCCCAGCGCCUCGAAAGACUGUUAUUAAUGCAGAUCACUAUUUCAGCAUUGUGAACCGCCUCGUCUCGCGGAUCCAGUCACUCGGGGAGUCAGACCCACCGUCGCGUGCGGAGCUAGUGACGUGGUAUAUGGAGCAGGUGCGUUCCCUUAAUAAGGCACAACUGGAGGUCGAGCUGCGGUACGUGAACCUCGUCAUACAAAAGAUGCUGAAGGAUGGAAACCUACUUGAAGUGGAGAUCAAGGAUGGAGAGGGGACUCGGAUCUUCCUUGACCCCAACUACAUACCUGACGUCACAAAACAGUAA